AUGAAUGUGACGAUCGAUGAUCGACCUGACUUAGUAAUUAUUGAAGGUGACAUAGCAUUUGAUACUGGCUCAAUAUCACCUCUACUUGCUCCCCUUAAAAAUGCUUACAUCUUAUCAUCAAAAUGGACUAGUGGUAUUCUUCCGUACUUAAUCGAGCAAUCACAAUUUUCGGCUACACAAAUAACAACAAUUACAAAUGCAAUGCGUAAAAUUGAACAACAAACAAAUAAUUGUAUUCGUUUUGUGCAACGCACAAAUCAACCAACUUGGGUACGCAUCUAUGCUGGUACAGGUUGUUGGUCAUAUAUGGGACGAAUAAGGGCAAGCGGCUCGCAGGAUCUUUCACUUCAAAAUCCAGGCUGUGUUUCUCAAAGUAUUAUUAUACAUGAACUAUUACAUGCUGUUGGUUUCGCUCAUGAACAGACUCGACCUGAUCGAGAUCAAUAUGUUACUAUCAAUUAUAAUAAUAUUGAAACUGGCAAAGAAAAUAAUUUUCAACGAUAUCUCACAUCAGAGGUCAACACACUCAGUAAAGAAUAUGAUAUCACUUCUAUCAUGCAUUAUAAAUGGAAUGCUUUUUCAAAAAAUGGUCAACCAACAAUAAUUCCAAAAGUAAAUGUUAGCCAAACAGUCAUGGGCAGUUCAGUGCAAAUGACCAAUUUAGAUAUAGAGAAAGUUAAAGCAUAUUACGGGUGUACGUAA